UGUCAAAUAUGACAAUUAAUUUGACAUACGACUGACGUUUGACGUUUCUUUUUCUAUGGUGUUUUUGUAAAUAUUAAACACAAUUUUUUUAAUCGUUUAAUAUUUAAACCAUCCGUUAAGUAUGGCGAUCAGACCAGUUUAUAGGCCCGAAAUCGUAAAGAAAAGGACUAAAAAGUUCAUUAGACAUCAGUCCGACCGAUAUCAUAAACUAAAGAGGAACUGGCGUAAACCCAAGGGUAUUGACAACAGAGUCAGGAGGCGUUUCAAGGGUCAAUAUUUGAUGCCAAAUAUUGGUUAUGGUUCUGCAGCAAAAACACGUCAUAUGCUACCUACUGGAUUCAGAAAGGUUUUGGUACAUAAUCUUAAAGAACUAGAGGUUUUGAUGAUGCAAAACAGAAAAUACUGUGCAGAAAUUGCCCACGGUGUAUCCGCAAAGAAACGUAAAGAAAUUGUAGAAAGAGCGCAACAAUUAAGCAUAAGGGUUACAAAUGGACAUGCCAGGUUACGUAGCCAAGAGAACGAAUAGUUUUAGUUUAUGACUUUCAAAAUAAAAACCUUAAAAAUA